CUGCACGUCGGAUCACAGAUCCUGACAACCCAGCGCAUACGCUGCAUGUGAACCGGCAUUCCCCGGCAUUCCCCGGGCGUACAGGUGACGAGGAGACCCAGGAGUCGAGGAGAGGGCCGACCGAGUCGAUGAAGGCCACUCCGAUGACCCGCUCAGGCUAUGUGGAUGGCACCACACCCCACCGUGCCAGAAAGGUGAUCGAUUGGACCUCCUUGCGGGAGCAGAAGGUCAUCCAGGGGAACAGCAUGCCAGAGGCCCGUUACGUGACCUCCGCGCCGGUGAUCUUGAGGCGUGUGGAGAAUCAAAAGGCCGUGCACUAUGAAGGAUCCCCACACGAGACGCCCAUGCCAUGGCCUGUGGGAGGUGCGUUUCGCAAGGCGGAGGCCGCGACGGAGGAGCUUCGGCCUCAGCUCUCAGCGCGGAACGAGCCACAGGAAGAUGCCUAUCUUCCUGGCAGUGUGAGGAGCUCUCCCGCUUCGACCGGAGGUCUUUGGGCCACCCCGCGCGGCGAAGCGUUGAACCAGAUGAUGCAGGCAGUCCAGGCGGUGCAUGCCGUGCAGGUCCGGCUGCCGAUCCAAGGUCGCAGCGCGUGGACACCAUCCAAUGUGAAGGCUGCCUGUGCCAAGCACGAGGCGGCUUCUCCACUCUCGGGCGAAGAGAACAGUGAGGUGCUCCCGGUGAAGCCGGAGAAGCUCGAGGAGAAGCCCGAGAAGCUCGAGGCCCAGGAAGCCACACCGCGUCCGAAGCGUCUCACCAUCCCCGGUGGUUCACCGCAGGAGGAGAAAGUGGAGCGGCCCAAGUCAAGGUCAAGCAGCAUUGCAGGCACUCCAGAGGUCUCUGCACGAAAGAUCGCGGCGCCGCGCCGCGUGCCCGACCUGACAGACAGAUCAGGCGGAACGGGCGCGCGGCCCGACAGCCCGAAGAAGAUGAUGCGGGUGCGAACGGAGACCUUGUCAGGCAGCUCGCGCCUCGAAGAGCCACCAUCACCAGGGGGCCUGGCCGUUCGUAACACCUCGACGCGGCGAAGUCGACCUGAGACCUCAUCGGGGGACGGAGGACGCCCCUCCCGGCUCAGCCGACCGACGGCCGCCUCUGCAGCUCAUGCAGAUGCAGGUCAACGCAUGGCUCGGUCGGAGGGCGCCGUGACGGCGCGGGCGGCGCCGAGUCCGUCCCGCGAGGGGGAGUCCAUCUCGCCAGGACGUCGCCGUGGCGUGUCUUUGAAAUGUUCCUUUCCCGAUGAAACUCCAGGAGGCAAGUCCGAGCGCUCCGCGCGGGACACCUCCCGUGCUCGGAGCGCCUCGCGCGCGCGGAGCGCGUCGCGGGACCCGCGCGCCGCGUCGCCCAUGUUGCAGGAACGCACGUCCACCGCCAUGCAAGCUUUGGAGCAUGGUAUGGAGCCACCCGGAGCCUCCGACAAGUGGCGCGUGGCACAGCUCUUCUACGAGACGGUGCCCAAGAGCCAAGCGAAGGUCCUGCGCAUCGAACGCAUCGUCGCGCCCGAAACCUUCUCCGCCUUCUUGGCCAGAACCGCUGGUGGCGAACAUGCAUCCAGGUGUGGCAUUGCCUUCUAUGCACCGACGACGCCGGCAGAGCUCCACCGCAUCACCGCGCAGGGCUUCAGCGGCAGCAGCGGGCAGAAGCUGCGCUUGGUCUCAGACGCCUGCGUGGUGGCCAAAGAGUUGAUGGAUCAGAUGGACCCCGAGGAAGCGCCACGCACCGUGAGCCUCACCGUGGUCUUUUGUUCUCCUGACCUGGCAGAGGCCGAGUUGGGCGGUCCCACCGACCGGCCCUUGGAAAGUCGCAGCUUCCAGGGGCAGAUUGAUCAGCUACUGGCGGCCUACAUUCUUCAUUUUCAAUUGAGCCCAGGGAACGUGGAGAAGGCCUUCGACUUCGAGGGCCGCCUGGGUGGCACCUCACCCUCGCGCUCCCGCUCGGUCUCGCGCUCCCGCAAGGUGAGCCUUAGCCACCCCUUGAUCCAAGAGACCUUGUCACGACUGCCGGCCUUGCGGGAAGAUGCCGCAGGCACAGUCUUGCUGCCGAGCAACUCGCAAGAGGCUGAGGCGGUGGUGAGCCUCUACCUGCAGAGUGGCGGCGCGGCGCGGCUCCGGCGGCCGCCGGGCGUGGACCUGCGGGAAGCGCUUGGGGGAGUUGUGGUGCAACGCUUUGAGAACAAGUCCUUGGCGCAAGAGUACUUGGCCAUUGAGGUGGACUCGCAGCUGGGGCCCCGCUUCAACGAAAAUGUGGUCUGGCAUGGCACGCGCUUGAAACGCAGCGAUGGUGAUGCGAGCUUGGCUCACAAGUUGCAAUCCAUCGCAGAGCAUGGAUUCGACCCUCAGCGCUGUAUCAAAGGUGCUCAUGCAGAAGGUGGCAUUUGGGUGGCCAGUUGCCCCAUGGAGUCUUUCGGCGUGGGUGGCGAUGGAUUGGUGGCUUUUAUCAUUUGCCUCGCGAAGACGAACUUCAAUGAGUGGGUCGAUUCCGCCUGCGCACGCGUCCUUCAACGUCAACGGGUCCUGCCGCUGUAUUCGUUAGUGCAUGUAUAGUGUCUUUUGGUGUCUUCGUGCGCAAGCCGCACAGAAACAGCAGUGUUGUAUUGAGGUUGUGAGACACAGAAAUGCAAG